AUGGCCGACAUUCUUACGCAGAUGCAAGAUGAGGUGGACAUGCUUCUGAACAUCAUGCAGUCGCAGCUCUUCCAGAUACGCACCAGGGCGCCCCCAAGUGUACCAGAAGGCCAGCAAAAGCUCAGCUCGUUCGCUGAGAAAGAAGCCACCGACAAGUCUGAGAACGCAACACAGCACUCUGCGCAACCCACCCAGACCAACGAGCCCGCACCACCCGCACAGCCGACUAAGCAAGAAUUUAACAAGGAUCUAAAAGAGAUGGCGGAAGACCUGGUAGUCAAGUCGCAGCAGAUCGAGAUGCUAAUAGCGAAUCUGCCUGGUGUUCACUCGAGUGAAGCCGAGCAAGUGCAGCGCAUGAAGGAGCUCGAAAGGGAAUUGGAAGAGCUCGAAAGCGAGCGGCUACAAGCCGUCAAGGACAAAGAGCUGUUGCUGACGAAGGUGGAGGAGAAGAUCAUGGGCGUUGGCAGGAUGCGAUGA